CCCAUGAUGCACGGGGGCAGCCCGCGGGGGCGGGGCGCGCAUGCGCGCGGGCCGGGCGCGGGCGGGCUGCCCUGUGGAGGCUGCGAGGCGGCGGAGGGAGCUGGGUCGCUGCCGCCGCCCGAUCUGAUUAGGAAUAAGAUUUGGGUUUUGGAGUGUUUGAGCAACUUGCUACUGCCCAAGUCAUGACCCUCCCAUUUCGAAAGGACUUGGACAAAUACAAAGAUCUUGAUGAGGAUGAAAUUCUCGGCAAACUGUCAGAUGAAGAAUUGAAACAACUGGAAACUGUUUUGGAUGAUCUUGACCCUGAGAAUGCACUUCUGCCUGCAGGCUUCCGACAGAAAGACCAGACUGCUAAAAAGGCUUCAGGCCCUUUUGACAGGGAACGACUCCUUGCAUAUUUGGAGAAACAGGCUCUUGAGCACAAAGACAGGGAAGAUUAUGUGCCCUUUACAAGAGAAAAGAAAGGGAAAAUAUUUAUCCCCAAACAAAAGCCUGUACAGUCUUACACUGAAGAAAAAAUAUCUCUUGAUCCAGAAUUGGAGGAAGCCUUGACAAGUGCCACAGACACAGAAUUAUGUGACCUUGCAGCUAUCCUGGGAAUGUCCAACUUGAUAACAAACAAUCAGUUCUGUGAUGUUGUAGGAAGCAGUAAUGGGGUUGGCAAAGACAACUUCUCUAAUAUAGUAAAAGGUGAAAAAAUGUUGCCUGUUUUUGAUGAACCACCAAAUCCCACGAAUGUGGAGGAGACAUUGCAAAGGAUUAAAGAUAAUGAUUCCCGUCUUGUUGAAGUUAAUCUAAAUAAUAUUAAGAACAUCCCAAUCCCAACGCUGAAGGAGUUUGCAAAAGCCUUGGAAACUAACACACAUGUGAAGACUUUUAGCCUUGCAGCCACCCGAAGUAAUGAUCCUGUCGCUGUUGCUCUUGCAGAUAUGUUGAAGGUAAACACAAAAUUAAAAAGUUUAAAUGUAGAGUCAAAUUUCAUCACUGGCGUUGGAAUUUUGGCCCUGGUCGAUGCACUGAAAGACAAUGAAACAUUAACGGAGAUCAAAAUUGAUAACCAGAGGCAGCAGUUGGGAACAAUUGCAGAAGUGGAAAUUGCGAAGAUGCUUGAAGAAAACACCAAGAUCCUUAAAUUUGGAUACCAGUUCACACAGCAGGGACCUCGAGCCAGGGCAGCUGCGGCUAUCACACAAAAUAAUGAUUUGGUUCGCAAGAGAAGGGUUGAAGGAGAUAACCAAUAAAUCUUGUUGCUGCCAGAACUGUGUUGAGACUUCAAGGGUCUUCGAGGCACACUCAUUCACUGUGGGCUUUGGCAAUCUUGGACUUCAUUUACCUGGGUUAGAAGGGAAAAGACUGGAAACCCCACUCCUUUUAAAGCAAAGCUGUAUUAAUAAUCUGCAUGGUGUGCAUCACGUUUUUUCAGAUUGAGACAUAGUAACUGCACCAGUCUCUGUAACAAAGCUUUUUAAAAAACAUUUUUGUAUUUCAAGACCUCUGCUGUGCUUUCCACUAAAAAUAUAAACACAAAUCAACGGAGUAAUUGUCUGUAGUCAAAGAAUGGGACAUUCAAGAUCGCUGGGCAGAUGAUAACCCAAUUUAAAUGUUUGUUGGAAAAUCUAGGCGUGCUUAUUUACGUGGAGGGAUGUGUAUAUUCUUAAGAACAGUACUUUAGUGAUAAGAGAUUCUUCACACAACAUUUGGCUCAUUAUGCUACUCAGCCUUGUUCAUAUGCACUGAAGAGAAAUCUUUCACAACUAUCUUAUUUGUAGUUUUAUUCUUUUGAUUCAUUCUUGAUACUGUGAUUAUGUUUAAAAGACACCCCCUUAAAAAGCAAACAAAACAUAAAUUGGCUAAGGACCUCUUGUCCCAAGAGAUUUGUGAGGGACUAAUAAAAAUUAAAGUAGGAGCCUUGCAAACAUGACAGUAUUUCUAUUUCACCUAAAUCCUUAGUCUUUUCUAAAGUCACAAAGCUGUAUCUUGCUCUGUAUCUAAACUGGACAUGUUUUUAGACUGAGUUCAUGUGUUCAGCAUCAUUGUUUAGUUUAUAUUCUUUGUUUAAAAAUCCUUAUCUAAAUAGAUAAAUAGUAUCAAUUUCUUUAGAAGUAGUGGACGUGCAUUUUGUUAAAGUCUGCAUAACUAUGUAUUGGAAAAGCAGCCUUAACUGUAAAACUAGUGUCCUAAGUAAGUGGCAGAUGGAAAAAUCCUUUUUUAACCUGUUGCAUUAAACUAUUAUCCUUCAUAUAAAUCUAUCAUUUUUUAUAAAACAGUAACACUUUUAAGGAAGGAUCUUUCUAUUCUACUUCAUGUCUUGACGUUGAAACACUACAUAAGACAUGCAGAAAUUAACCAAUAUGCAGUGUCAAAUCUAUAUUGCAUAGUACUUAAUAAAAUAUUUAAAGUUCUGUAUGUAAGCAAACUAAUAUGGCAACAAGAAUCACUUCAAUUUCUGUACACAGUCACAGUGGACUUCUUUGAUAUAACAAGAAAUCUAGAGGCUAUUUGAUGUAGGUUUAUUUGGAUUGUACUGUACUAGAUUGCUCAGUAUUUCAACGAGAUCAUAAAUUCAGAAACAUGUUCUAAAGGACUGCUCAGCUAUAUUUAUAGCAACAGAAUUCAACUGACUUAACUAUCUUCAUCAAAGAAUCAUAAUACGGUGAGCAUUUUAUGUAUAGAAGAUGUCAAGGACUUAAAUUUUUGCAUUAGGUUGUAUGUUUAUACUAUAAAAAUUCAGUAGAGCAAUUCUCUCUCACUGUGCCCAUGUUAUAUUUUACUGCAAAUGAUGUUUUAGAUCUUUAAAGACAGACUUUAUUCUGGAGGUGGCUUCCAAUUUUAUUGCACCUGUACAGAGAAUUUUAAAUUAUAGUACCUUCAAUGAAGAUGUAAAUAACUGGUUUAUAAUUAUAGAAGGACAUUUCUUUUCUUGUUUCAGAAUUGGCCUUUUAUUGACUAAUUCCAAAUAAAUGUAGGCUCUGAGAAGCAAGCUGGAAUUAAUUCUAGUAAAACCAAAGGCUCUACAUACUAUAAAUUUGAAGCAAUAGAAAUGACAUGAUGAAUAGCAAUAAAAAGGACUUCUUUUAUUUCUGGCUUAUGUAAAUUUUCAAGGACUUUUUUUAGAUGCAGUUUUGAAACUUAAAUUCUUAUAGCAUACACAUACUUACAAGCUAAGUGGACUAAGUUUUUUUGUGGGUUUUUUUGCUUUUCUGUUUUGUUUUUACAAAUAGUGCUGUAUAAAUAUAGCCAAAGCAUGUGAUGUGCGGAAUUGUCUAAAGCUGUACUCUAUUUGAUGUUUUAUCUACUAGGCACCAUAAUCAUUUUGUGUCAAAAAGCAGGCUGUAAUGUCUUCCUUCAUUUGUUGAAGGGCUACGCGUUCAUGAAAUCUGUUGACAUACUGUGUUUCUGUGGUGAUUUAUUGUGUCAUUAUCAAGAUUAUGCAGUUAUUUCCUACUUGAAGAUGAAGGAGAAAAAUGAAAGUCUGGAUUGUGGAAAUGGUAGCCAAAAUCUCUUCCUUGGUUUAGUUUUAAAAUCAAGUUUAUCUGCUUAAUGGCCUAUACUCCAAUCAAAGUCAGAGGCUUUUAAGUUGCAGUUCUCAGGUGUCCUGUCACAGAUGGUAGUAAUGGACCUCUUUUAAUUGGCUUAGCUGUGUAGGUAGCAGCUAAAUAUUUGACUGCUUGUUGGCACUUCCAGGAUAGGAAUCUGACAGACUGGCCAUAGAAAAUUGGCUUUUUCAGUCAGAAGGGUCUGACCCUCUGAAUUAUUGAAGGACAUUUGGCAUGGUGCAUGGAGCAGUUACAACAAUAAUUUUUGUGCCUAUGAUGUAUACCCCUUUUAGGAAUAAAUGAAGGAAUUCAGUCUUUAGCCAUGAAUCAUAGUCUCUACAAGCAAAGUGAAUAUUCUGAUUUAAUGGUGUCAAGUGUAGUGAGAUCUUGUGUAUGAUUUCAUUUUUGAGUGCAAAAGUGGUAUUACUUUAAUAGCCAGCUACCAUAAACACAAAGUCCCUUUUCCAAAAAAGGUGUUUUUUAUUAUUUUUUUUUUAAAGAUUAUUUUCCAGGCUUAAUGCAGGAGUCAAAUGACUACACAUGUUAUUAAUUAUGUUGGGUUCCACUCUUUAAGCAUGAAAACAAACUAUAUUCCAAAAGAAUUUUCUAAUUACUGUUUUGUUAAAAAAAAAAAAAAAAUAGCCUCAUUCUCUCUACAGCUUAAUACUGUUUGUAAGCUACAAACGGGCAAGUGUUCAAUUUAAAUUUCCAUUGAGGAAAUACAAAUUGAGUGUUUUAGCAUAUUGGCGCUAUAUGCUGUCAGAUUGUAAAACAGUAAAAUUUUUGAAUGAUUAAA